UUUCUUUUUUUUCAGCGGAUUUUAUGGGUGUAUUUUGUACUUGGAUGUAAAACUCUGGUUAAUGUAAUGAUCUUGAUGUACGGAUCGAGUGGUAGAUUAGCUGCAUUGCUGAUAUUCACGUUUGUCGGCGUGUUUGUAUUGUGUGAAUAUGUGAUUUAUUAUCCUGUUAUUCUGCGAUGCUCAUGGCCUCAUAUUGAGACUGUAAAUUCACAUUUACCUUUACGGGCGUUAUUUCUCUCCGAUACUCACUUACUAGGGGCCAUCAAAGGACACUGGCUCGACAAACUCAGAAGAGAAUGGCAGAUGGAAAGGGCGUUCCAGACAUCACUUUGGCUUCUAAAUCCAGAAAUUGUCUUCAUUUUAGGAGAUGUAUUUGAUGAGGGCAAGUGGAGCUCCAGUCAGGACUGGGAAGAUGACGUCAGACGUUUUAAACGGAUCUUCCGUCAUCCUAGUGACACAGAGCUUGUGGUUCUUAUCGGAAAUCAUGACAUCGGCUUCCAUCACGAAAUGACUAAGCAGAAGUUGGAGCGGUUUGAACAAGUGUUUAAUGUGACAUCAGCACGGAUCCUCACCAUUAAAGGAGUCAAUUUUUUGCUGGUGAAUAGUGUUGCAUUACAUGGCGAUCACUGCCCCAUCUGCCAACGUGUGGAAAAGGAGUUACACAAACUCUCACAUGCUCUUAACUGCUCCAUUCAGGGUGAGCAUCAUUAUGACCAGUGCAAGAACACAGAGAGUUUUGCCCCAGCAGCACCUGUUCUACUACAGCAUUACCCUCUAUAUAGAGUGAGUGAUGCCAUGUGUACAGGUGUAGACGCAGCACCUCUGGAUGAACGGUACCAGCUAUUUCGGGAGCGUUAUGAUGUUAUAUCUAAGAAUGCCUCCAAAAAGCUCUUGUGGUGGUUCAAGCCCCGGCUAAUUCUCAGUGGCCACACUCACCAUGGCUGUGAGAUACUGCAUGAAAACCUCUAUCCUGAGAUCAGUAUCCCAUCCUUUAGCUGGAGAAAUCGCAACAACCCCAGCUUCAUCCUGGGCACAUUCUCCAGGUCAGACAUCCGGCUGUCAAAGUGUUUUUUGCCAGAGGAGAGGACUGUGUUGGCACUUUACUGCAGCAGCUGUCUGAUCAUUGCACUGAUAACACUCGGUCAUAUCAAGAUGUUCAGAAAAUCACUGCAUUUGCCAAAUAGCCUUCUAGGAAAGCACAAGACUUUGUAACAUGUACAAAAGGCAUGUGAGAGUUAUGUGUCACUGUUAAUGAUAACAAUGGUUUAACAGUAAGCCCUGAGUUCAUGUUCACAGAAACAAUAAAUUGUUGAAAAUCGA